AUGAAUUUCAAAAGUUUUUCUUUUAUUAUUCUAAAUCUAUUGUUAAACGUCAUUAUUGUUGUUACUUUUACAAAUUCACCUCAAUGGGUUAUGCAGCGCAAAAGUGAUCGUUACAAAUUUAAUGAACGAUGUAUGAAUAGACAAAAGGAUGAGCUAGAACGUUUUGGAGUACAACCUUUGCGUGCUGUUGUUGCAGUUAAGAAUAGUUCACUUUGGCUGCGCUGUUUUGAAUGUCUUCAUCCAGACGAUGCUGAUGAAUUAGAAGAUAAAUGGAAACCAAGUCCUUCGGCUAUUGGGCGCAGAAUACAGUCAGUGCUUAAAUUCAUUAAGGAGAAAAUAGCUCAAGCGCGAAAACACAAAAGAAGACCAACAGUUAUCGAUGAAUUGGCUAAAUAUUACUGGCAAAAAAGUGUUGAAUUCAAUAGAACUCGAAUAUGGAAAAAAGCAUCUCAAACGUUUGACGACAAAGGGAGAGGCUUACAAGAGGAAGUAAUGAAUUUUAUUGACAGAAUUUUUGCCAAAGACAAGGAUAAGGAGGCCAAGAAAGGACAACUCCGAAAUAUGUUUUUGGGUGACCAUUAUGAAUUGGAACUUCGGAAAUUAACUGCAGAAGAUCAUUCAGGAUGGUAUCGUUGUGUUGGCGAACGCAAAAAGAAAGUCGAUGAAGGGAAGGGAAAAGUUACAACGAUUACAACAACAAAGAAGACAUCAAAAAUCAAACAAGUUAAAACUACAAAAACUCCAAAGACAAAAAAACCUGUGAAGACAAAAAAGCCUGCAGUCAAAGCAACAAAUAAACCAAAAGUCAAAAGAGCUGUUAGAUCAAAACCAAAAGUCAAAACAACAAAAAACUUAAAAAGCAAAACAACAAAAAAGCCAAAAAUCAAAGCAACUUCAACUAAAACCAAAACAACUAAAAAACCAAAAAACACCUACUUGGACAUUGCCCAAAUUCAAUUUGUUGAUGUUAUUCCAACAAUGAAGAUUAGAAUGGUUCAUGUUGAAAACUCUGAAUUUUCUUGUGCAAAUAAAUCCGUCAUAUUGUGGAAUUGUGAUCAAUCACCUCCUCUAAAAGAAUCUGAAGCUCAACGAAAAUUUAAAAAUUUUUCUCUUUCUGCCGAUUUAAUUAAACUUUUGGAGGUUUAUGGUCGCGCAACAGAAUGGAGCCAAUGCAAUAAAUGUGGAAGUACUCGUUUUGGAGAAACUAGACGUACUGUGCAAUGUUAUAUAAGGAGAAAACCAAUUUCUCAAGUUCCCGAUUUUUCUAAUUAUACCAAAAAAGAACUAGAUGUUUUUAUUUUGUUUGGUGAACUUCCAUGUUUGAGUUCUUUAGUUCCUUCAAAAGUUUUUAAUGCAAUAAAAAAUCUGGAUCUGACUAUUGUUGAAGAAUAUACAGAAUGCAGAAUUUCUUGCAAAGACUCGGGAAUAAAUAAUAAAGUGGCUAGAAAUGUAACUUUAGAAGAAGAGGGAAAGAUAGAAGUUGUUGAUGUACUUGAACCUGGAGAAUUUACUGCAGACGAAAGAUUGCCUCCUUUGGCACCGCCAAUUAUUCGACGAACAAUUUUUGCAACAGAAAGUCAAAUACUUUUACUUGAUUGUUCCAACCAAGAUGGGCAUUCUUUAAUUUGGCGCAAAAAUUUGGAAGAAUUAAACAACAGCCACAUUUUUGCUACCAAUGAAACAAAACGUGUGCAGCUAACAUCCCAUGGCGAAUUGAUUAUUCAUAACAUUAUGGCUAAGGAUGGUGGAUAUUACUCUUGCAUAGGCUUUCCAAGUGGUCACAUUCUUCGCACUUUCCGCAUAAUUUAUAUAGCUGGUGAUAAAACAAAAGAUUUUAUUGAAAAAGUUACAAUUGUUUUUCGGGUUAUUCUAUUCUUUUAUUUAUUAAUUUUAAUGAUAGAUUUACUUAGUAGGCAUGCACCAAAUGUUUGA